AAAAGAAUAAUAAAAAAUAUAAAAGAAAUAAAAAAAAAUAUAAAAGAAAUAAAAAAUAAUAAAAAGAAAUAAAAAAAAGAAUAUAAAUAAAAAAAAGAAAUAAAAUGUCUAUAAAGAAAAAGAUAAAGCGUUAUAGAAACAUGUCAGAAAUAUUUCUAGUAAAGAAAACUCGACUCUCCCAAGCAAUAAGCACUACCUACAUCUUAAAAAGCUAAAUCCAUACGCCAAGCAAAUAGAUUUAAUCAGGUGCAAAUUUAAGAUGAUUUCUUUUGAGCUCCAAUUUCCUGCAGAGAAAACUCACUGCUGUGUAAUGUCUAAAUUGAUUGAGCCAUGGAAUCUAGUUGUAUUCCCUCUAAUUACAAUGGUCAAUAUAAGGCAAAUCUUACAAUUUUUUUUUUAUGUUUAAAAAAAAAUACUGCAUUUUUAACUUUUAAUUCAAUUUACUAUUUAUAUUUAUACAGUAGAAACAUUUAUGUUAUUUUAUUAGGUUCUUAACGUUGUAUAUCAAGUAUUAAUUUAAAAUUUCAGGCAUGUAUUUUAUUAAAAUGGAAAUUCACUUAAAUUUUUUAUAUGCCAUGUGUAGGGUGAAGAUUUAGAGCACAGUGAAUUAUUACAACAUGUUAAAGAAAAGUCGUCACCGGAAUGGUUUAUCAAAUACUAAGUCAAGAGAAAAUUUUCUUCAGGAUCUUCUGAACUGCUUUUAGAUUUGUAGAAAUCCUGAAGAACUGGUCAGAAAAAAAGAUCAGGAAAGAAAAGAAGAGGACUCAUGGAGCUAUAGGAAGAUAUUGUUUUCAUUUUGGAUCAGCUGGGAGAAUGGAAAGGAAUAAUUGGAACAAAAGAUAAAAGGUUUUCAUAUGCUCUUGAAAGAUCACAGAAGAAUCAUUUGACUACCAGGAAUAGUAAAGGAGACAUUACAAAUUAUCUUAACAUUUUACACAGCUCUGCAAGUAGUCGUGAUAGUAAUUCUGAUUUAGACUUUGAAGCAGAAAUCGACAAAUAAGAAUCUGGCUUAUUGAUUCUCCUUCCAAAAGAUAUUCUACAGAAUGCAGCACUUACUGUUAUAGGAGAGGGACCGUCUGCUAGACAACAUACUGCAAUUGUGUCCAGUAUUAUUACAAAUUCUGGAGGUUCUGUUGCAAAUUUUGUUGUGUCUAGGGCAACAUCAUUGGACAGACAGAGUUUGAUACAGACAAUACUUGGUAUUCCACCUCUAACUUUAAGUACAGGGAAGGAGCAGAAAACAGCAAUCAUGGAACUUUUUGGCCAAUUUGAAAUUACGAACAAGUUUCACGGAUGUGUUUUUGAUACUACUAAUUUUAACAUUGGUAAACAGAAAGAAGUAUGCAUUAAACUAGCUAAAAGUUAUGAUUCUACUGUACUUAACAAAAUCAAGAUUGAGAAUAUUACUGACAACUGGUUGCAGGAUCAAUUCAAGAAAGCUUUGAAGUUCUCCAAAAACAUUAUAUAGAUGGAAAAGCUAAAGAAAGGUCAGUACUUUAAAUUAUCAAAUUAAUUUUAAUGUUGUUUAAAGUAGUUUAAAUAGCUUUCAAAUAAACAAAAGUCCAUUAUCCCGUAAAUCGCAGAUUAGAAUAAUAAUAACUUAUUUAAUGUGCAUAGUUCCUGACGCUUUACACAAUAAACAAAUAAUUAAUAUCAGAUAUCAAACUGAAAAUGUAAAGAAUGAAUCUUAAUUUUUUAUGGCUUUUUUAAAUGUUGCAAAAAGUCAAAACGCAAUGUAAACAUUCAACUUUGUAAAACUGCUUAUUAUAAAAAUAAGUAUUUAUGUUUAGAAUGGAUGCAGGUGUGAUUUUCUUGAGUUAGCCGAACUCACAGUAAUGGUACUAUCUGGUGAUGUGCAGUACAGACUCCGAAAACAUGUACUUGUAAGUCAUGCUCGGUUUUUGAUGGUUUUUGAGGAAUAUACUUUAUUAAGAUGUUCCUUUUAAUGGAUAACAUUCCCAAACUCAAAGCCUAUGAGAAGAACGAAAUCAAAGAUAUGGCUUUCUUUACUGCAGUGUUUUACACUGAAUGGUUUCUCAGAGCAGAAAUUCCAGCAAUUGCUCCCUCUCAGGUUUUUUUUUUACUUUAAUUUUUAUAUUCUUAUUAUUUAAAACGUAGUAAAGUUUAAAUAAAAGUUAUUCUUUUUAGUAUUUUGCUAUCUAAAGAUUAUUUCUUAGGAUAUGAAAGCACUGUGGCAGUUGAUAAGGUGCUCUGAUGUCAAACCUGAGCUGGCAAAACCUGUUAUUGAGAAAAUGAAGAGGCACACCUGGUACAUUGAUCCUACCGCUGUUGUAAUGGCUUUAGCUGAUAAAGAGGUCCAUGAUUGUGACAAGAUUGCCAAGAAGCUGUAUUCCAUGUCAAGGCCUGAGAAUUAUGUUGUACACAGACAGCAGGUAGAUUUUGAAUUGUUGAAGAAUCUGGAUUUUUGUCAAGAUAAUCCUCCUAGCUUGGUUUCACUGAUAAUUGAACAGAGUUGGUUAAUAUUUCAUCUCUUGAACCAUUGGAAGGCAAAGUUACAGUGGUUAAAAAGCCCAGUUGAGACAUGGAACCUGAAUGAUUAUUAUCUGGAGUUUAAACAAUUUGUCAAAAAUCUGGAAGUAGUUAAUGAUUGCAGUGAGAGAUCUGUGAAACUUGUUCAGGAGCUGAUCAACAAAUCCCACAAAGAGAAGAAGAGACAGGACACUUUCCUUGUAGCUAACAAGUUCAAGAGUGGAAGAAAGAGAAAAAAAGUUUCUUUUUGAGUAUUUGUGCUGAAACUUUAUUUUUUAUGCUCUGACAUUAUUAAAAUAUAACAAAUGCUGCUAAACCUCAUAUAUUCAAGUAGACAACCUAAUAUAGUCACAUAAAAAAAGACACAAAACUAACUCAUUUUUUUAGACGAUUCUGCAGCUGCUUUACACAUUACAUUCUGACUUAAAACAUUGAAGGCACUGAAAAAGACCUUAUCAAAGAAUAAAAAAAUGCUAAAAAUCAACAUUUUUGUUAAAUAUAGAUAUUUAAUUGACCCAUUAUGCAAACAAAUAAAGCGUAACAUUGAAUUUUAAUUUAAUUCUUAUGCAUAAAAUUGCCUAAACAAAUUUAGUUUUUCAAAAUUGAACCAUGGGAAGAGCCCCUACAAUUUGACUGAAAAAAGGGUCAAAAACACCCUAAAAAUGAACUUUGGGCCUAUUGCGCAGACUGAUAGGGUGGUCCAAAUGUGAUGAAAUUUUUUUUUUUAGUAAUAUCAAUGGUGCGGUACCAUAUAAAAAGCAAUGUUAGUUGAAAUUUUAAAAAAUCAUUUUUUUGAUUAAUUAUAUCAAAGAUAUAUAAAAAUCCUGACGUAUAAAAGUAUCUUUAUAAAUA